AUUUUUAGCUGGAGAACAGCAAAUAAAUUUUCGACAGAAAUGGGGUAAGCUGAUGGCUUUAGGAUAUCCAUGCCCGCUAACUUUGUUGCUCGACGAAAGCUGUUAUGAUAAGAUUUAGAUUACGAUAUAUUACCAUCACGUUACUGGCAGUUUCGACAUUUUCAGUUCUUUGGAUUUUACAAUCAUCCCGCAAAACUGUUUAUUCCGAAACUUUGCGGCCAUGCUGUACUUUAGCAAUCGACGAAAGUGAAAGUAGAAAUUCUGUUUUAAAAGAAAUUUCCUGUAUAGUUGAUAACGAGAAAACAUAUCAAUGCUAUGAGGAAAAAUUUACAAAUGAAGUGUAUUUUCCUUUCAACGCUUUUCUUAGGAAACAUUUCGAUGUUUCUGGAAAGAUUUUCAAAGGAUCCAGUUCGAUAGGGAGACAUUUCGAAUGGUCAACAUCUCAUGCUCGAGUACGUUUUCCAGAUUUUAUCGACUAUGACUAUCAUGGAGCUUUUGGUCAUUUCGCAUCAUACAGCGUAGAAACCAGAGAUCGCGUACGUUGCAUUAGUGCUCAGUACGGCGUACCACUAUCAACGCAAUGGUCAGCGGUUCCUUAUUUCUAUCCCAUACAAAUCGCUCAAUAUGCUUUGCAGCAUUACAGUCGAUUCAAAACCGCUCCGCCAUCGAUUGCAUUUGUAAAAGGCACAACAGCAGAAGAAUGGAAUGAUAACACGCUUGAACGAAAUGGUUUCAAAUUAAGUUUUGAUGAGGAAACGAACUCCACAAGAGUUGAAAUUAACUCUGCCGAUCAUGGUGUUUCUUUGUCACUUGAUAGAGAUCCGACAUUUCCGGUACUCUCCUUCUUUUGGUUGGCUGAUGUGGAUGGCUCCUUUACGAUCAGCUUAAAGCUUGUUUAUAAUCAGAAAACUAUGCUGCUACACUAUGUCCAUAGCGAUGAUGAACAAUGUGUUUCGCACAACAAGAAAGCGAACAAAACUGAUUAUAAUUAUUCAUUGGGUGCAAAACCAAAUCCAAAUGAAUGGCGUUGGAUAUGUCGUGAUUUAUUGGUUGAUGCUGGUCGUGCUCUCGUAUCAACCUCGAACAGGAAAGAAAUCAUCCUUUUGCAUCCAGGAGAUAUAAUUCUGGAUUCUAUUACUUUUCGAGGACGUUCGGUAAUUCGGAAUUUUAAGCAGCGAUCUUCAGCACAUGUUGAACUUUUCCUUGUGGCAGCUAACUGGUUAACUAGCAAUCAAGAUGAAUAUGGUGGCUGGUCAGUUCCUGUUGAGCGCUCAAUUGCUGACAAACGCUUGAUUUUACCAGCAGGCUGGCAUAGUGCAAUGGCUCAGGGGCAUGCUUUAAGUGUGCUUACGCGGGCUUAUGUUGUAACAAAUGAUAUGAAAUAUUUGCAAGUUGCGAAGCGUGCACUCCAAUUGUUUAAAACGGAGGCUGCAAAAGGUGGAGUACUCAAUGAACUUUUCGGUCAUCCGUGGUUUGAGGAAUAUCCAACCACACCAGGCACAUUUGUGCUUAAUGGUUUUCUGUAUUCACUCAUUGGAUUAUAUGACUUUGCACAAGUUUCUAAUUCACAUGAUGGUGAAAACGAUUCCGCUAAAUUAUUUUCUCUCGGUUUAGAAAGUUUACGAAUUUUCUUACCUCUUUUUGAUACCGGUAGUGGAACUUUUUAUGAUUUAAGACAUUUAGGCUUAAAAACGGCACCAAAUUUAGCGCGUUGGGAUUAUCACUCCGUGCAUAUUUAUUUGUUGAAAUGGCUUUAUAUCAUUACAAAAGAUGAAUUUUUUAAUGAAACUGCUAAUCGCUGGGCUUCUUAUGCAGCAGGUCACAGAGCAAAGCAUAAUUAG